GAUCGAUACCAGGUAUUACAAAAGAGUAACAUGAAUGCUGGAGAGGUGCCAGAAGAACUAACAGCUAAUUCAGAGAUCGAGGAAGCUUUCCAUGAAUAAGUGUUUGGACAGCCCUAUUUUUGGCGCUGGUCCCACAUGUGAAGAUCCGCGUCAUUAGUGGCCCACAACUUGCAGCUGCUUUGCAAAAGGCUCACGUGUGUCUGGAAGGGCAUCUCAUUCCUCUGGAGAAUUUGUCAAAGAGGAAUGGAUUGAACUGCGCCAUGGUCCUUGGUUGCUUCAUUUGCAAGAAGGAGAGGACAUUCUCUUCAUCAGAAAAAGAAUGCGAAGGACGUGGAAAGUCUGCAGAAAUAAACCGCAGAGCUACUCUGGCAGCAACGGAGGUUGGUUUGGCACGGGAUAGCUUUUGCGACUUGCUGACCAUCCUCGGAACAGCCCCACUAGUCGAAGCCCCUAGCUACAACAGGCACAUAGCCACUUUAUCUUCCUUAUCCCAAGAGACCAGUAAGGAUCAGAAGAAGAAGGUGGCAGCAUGCCUACGUCAAAGGGCCAUGGACAAGGAUCUGACCAUCGGGGAAAAUGAUUAUGUGGACGUGGCAGUGCCCUACCAUGGAACAUGGCAUAGACGAGGUUACACAUCGAAUCAUGGGGUGGGGGUAGUGAUACCGAUCGAUACAGGGGAGAUUGUUUGACACAGACGGUCUAUCAAAAUCAUGUAAACAGUUUGAGUAUAGAAAGAGUUGGGUCUUCAGUGUUCUCAGCCAGAGGGACCUUGAUCGCCUUCAGAGACUCCAAAACUGAGUAGCAAGGCUUGUCUU